GUUUGAGACAAUUAUGCCUGAUGAUUGCCUGGGUUGGACUAAGCAUGCAGAAACACUCUCCGAAAAUCACUUACGAAAAGAACAUGGCAUUAUGAACUGAUGAUUCAAUCCGUAUAAAGUUAUACGCAAUUGUUCCGAUAAAAAUGCAAGGCGCAACAAGCGAACUUUGUGAAGGUCAAUUCAUCAGGGUUACAAGAAGUUAAGAAACUCAUUUACAUACGAGACCUGCCUGUAACGCUUGACUUAGCUGAGAUUCAUCUACGUCGUUACUCCAAUCAUUCCAUUGUAUCUCUUUCUUCUACUUGUCUUUUAUUUUAUUUUGUAACAAUGAAUGUUGGUGUCAUUAUCGGAAGCACUCGCCCAAAUCGUAUUGCCGAUCAGAUCGCACAACUGCUUAUGCAAACCAUUGACAAGGCAAAACAUCCAACGCUCAAUUUUGAAGUAAUCGAUUUGGCCAACUGGAAUCUUCCUUUAUGUAACGAACCUGUCAUUCCGGCCCUGGCCGAGCAACGUUAUACUUAUGAACUUACUCGACAAUGGAGCGCGAAGAUUAAUUCUAAACAAGCCUUUAUAUUCAUUACACCGGAAUAUAAUUGGGGUUAUCCUGCCUCUCUUAAGAAUGCUUUGGAUUAUCUGUGCAAAGAAUGGCAUGAUAAGCCUGCGAUGAUCGUGAGUUACGCCUAUACAGGGGGAGAAAAGGCAGCUGCCCAAUUGAGCCAGGUGUUACAAGGGCUCCGAAUGGGAGUAGUAGACACUAUGCCAGCCAUUUAUCUUUCACACGAUAUGUUUAUUGAAUCGACGAACAAGAUAAAGGAAACUUACGCAGAUACUUUUGUGAAAGAGUACGCUAAGGUGAUUGAUAGAGCUGUCAUUGAGCUAGCACGAGGAUUACAACAACAAAAAUCACUGCACUGAAGACCGUUCGUAUUUUUGCGUACAUAGUCAAUAAUUUAUAGACAACUUGAUAUGUACCAUACAAGUUAUUAGACAAUACACUUUAGAUUUUUUCAUAAAAAAAAGUGUUCAUUUUCAGAUGGG